UAUUGGCAAGAGCUUCGGUGGAGCUCAGCACUCUUGGUUGACUGUAUUACUCGGUCAGUCGGUUUGGAGGUACUCCAGCAAUCGUCGGUACCCAGCGAUCGCAGAGUGUUGUGUGAAGCUCUAAGCUGUGCGGAGUGUGUGUUUCCGUGAGAAUCCAGCCACGAUCACUGCCAACCCAUUUCCGGAAGCAGCCACUGUACCUACCAUCCAGACUCUUCCGUCAAUCGAUUGCGUAGAUUGCAUCCCAGAAGAAUAUUUUCUUAUUUAUUUAUUUUUUUUUUAAUUUGUGAACUGAUUGGUGUUGUUUCUUUUUCUGCAUAAAGUCUAAUACUGAAUUUUUCACUACAAAUUGCAAUAAUUGAAAAUUCCUCUGUUACUUCACUAAGUUUUUUUUUUAAGUUGAAACAUUUAUUGCUCCCAUCGUAAAGCCAAUGUGUUUGUGUUAAAUUGCACUAGUGCUUUUUUCUAUUUUACUUUUGAAGACAGCAACUUUGGUUUAGUAAAUUAUGUGAUUUUUGUGAAAAAAAAUAUAUCGAAAAAUUCCUCUAAAACAGAAAUUCUCAUAGACGAAUUUUGUAUUUAAAAAAAAAUGUGAAAGUCUUCCAUAAUAAAAAAUAUAGAGAAACAGACAUAGUUUAAAACACAUUACGAUUUCAAAAACAAAUUUUCUCUCAGUGAUAGCUAAAAAUUAGUGGCAAUUGUGACUGAAUAACUAUUUGCAAUCUCUAGAACGAUACUAAAUAGUGAGACUUUCUUCGGAUUUUGUGAACUGUGCAAGAGGAAAAAAAAAGGAAUUUUUGAAAAUCCCAGGAUUUUUGCAAAUUUUUAGUGUGCUGUGCUAUGCUGAUUGUUUGAUCAGGAAAAAGGAGUUAAGGAUUGCAUGUGAUUGAACUGGAUUGAAGCUGGUUUUUUUGGGUUAUUCACAAAAGUUGCAUGCAACUAGACAACAUUUUCAACAGUUGGUAUCAACUUCUGGUUUACCAUCGGUAGAAAAUCGAUAAUCCGUGGGGAAGGAAAGAAAGACUAAAUGCAGAUGUGCCAUCGGGGAAAAAGGGUAGUUUAAGUGGUCAAGGAGUCUCCAUUGAAAAAAAUUCAGAGUGAAAGACAAGGCCUCCGAAGUUGGUUGUCUAUGGAUGGCCACCGCAGGACGGAGGGGCAGAAGUCGAAGAGUUGCUCACGAAUGUGAUGUCUUCCACGAGUAUGGAUAUUAGUGAAACCUUCAGACCGGAGGAUUUGUCGAAAACUGACUUCUUCGACUUUGUCUCAGCAUCCACACCACAGAUGGGCAUCGGAGUGGGUGUGGACAGGCCUCCAGGUGUUGAUACGAACGGUAGCAGUGGAGAACACCCGCCUCUACAAGGAUACGAUCAAUUCUGGGGCACAGAUAAGGAUCCCAAUCGAUUGGAUCCAGCCAUUUUUGAAGACCUCAAUCGAUUCUAUUGGAAUCAACAAGGCAACAAUAUGUCCAGCACGUCGAAUUCCAUCACAAACACUGACGGACAAAUUUACACCUUAACAGUAUUAAAUAAUUCGGAAUCUUGGCUGCGAAAGGAAUCCACACAGGAUCCACCACCCACCCAGCCACUGGAUCUGGACACCCUCCUUGGUAGUUUUCCGGGAUACAUUAAAUCCGAAUAUUCGUAUGAAGAUAGUGGUUUUGGAACCGAAAAGACAGACGAUCUCCUCCUCCAGCAGCCCACACAGCCAUCGGUCUCUGGUUCAGUUACCGUGAAUAGUACAAAUGGGGGCAAUAGCGUCGUGACGGCGGCCUUCCAGAAUAACAACAACGACUGGCAGAUGGCUGAUCACAACAACACAGAACAGGAUUCUCCGGAAUCACUACUGCGCAGUGCGCUCCAGGGAAAAGGCUACGCUAAGGGGCUGCAAGUCCAAAAUGGCAUCACAAUAAUUCAGGCUGGGAACGUGGCAAAGAGCGAUGAAGAGCUCCGGAGAGCGCUCUUUUCACCUGAUCAGGAAGCGAUUGGUUUUGCUGAUUCAACGCUCACGAAUCCCCUGUUCGAAGAUUCCACCGUGAGUUCGCCACAGCAACAGAGUGGACAGAGUUCAUCGGGAGGUGGUCAGGUGGUGGAUGAUAUGUUCCUCACACUCGACUCUGCCUUCACGGAUGACUUCGAGAAACUAAAGCGGAUUGCAUCGGAAGUGCAACAGUUUUGCACGACAACGGACAAUUUUUCCGAAGUUAUAAUUGCCACCAAUACUGCCAUUCCACCUGGCUCGGGUGUUUCCAAAGCGCGCCCCGGUGUCGUCGAGGUGUCCACCACGAGUCAGGCUCCAUCUACAACAACAACCAGCCCCGCAAAAUCAACAAAAAAGUACAAACGCCUCUCGAGUGGCGCCCCAUCGAGUUCAACGGGCAGCCUAAAUGCCGCCACCUCGAGUCCACCGGCGUGCAAUGGGCAGCGGAAGGAGCGCAGCCUCCACUACUGUACCAUCUGUUCCAAGGGCUUCAAGGAUAAGUACUCUGUCAAUGUGCAUAUCCGUACCCACACCGGCGAGAAGCCAUUUGCGUGCUCACUGUGUGGGAAGAGUUUUCGCCAGAAGGCUCACCUGGCCAAGCACUACCAGACACAUCUUGCGCAGAAGAACACCGGAGGUGUCGUGAAGAAUUCCAAGGCCGCUGCUGCGGCAGCCGCUGCAGCUGCAGCUGCAGCAGCCCAGCAACAGGGCCUCUCCUCAACACCCACCAACGGCGCCCCCAUCAGAUAAGUCCCCGACUCACUCGAUCCCUGCCCCAUUUGCGGACAAGACCCUAGUGCAUUUUAACCGAAAGAACUGCCUGUGAUUCCUGUAGGCAGUUUCCUUACCCGAUGCAUUUUAGCAUGAAUGAGAUUCUACAUGGAACUUGUUGAAAUUAAUAUUGGCCUUUUUGGGGAUUUUUAUGAGAUUUAUUGAAGAAGCAUUUCCAACAAAUAUUUUCCAAAUAACAUUUUUCCAAUUCGACCUGCUCAUAGCUAGAGUUCGAUUCUCAAAAAGUGUCUCAGCUAAAAAGCAAAUGGGUGUAAACACAAGUAGAUUUUGGUUCUCCAAUAGUGUCUUGGAUAAAAGGUACAGUGCUCGCUUCGUAAUCCGGAUGAUUGGGAGACAAUAUGACAGAUGUCCGGUUCGUAAUCCGGAUGGAUUUUUUGAAUUUGUUCAACGUCUCGAAAAUAUAAUACAAGUUUUUUUUGUAGAAGUAGAAUAAAAGUUUUAAAGAAGAUCAAAAAGACAUAAUUAUAGAAUUCUAUACUAUUGUACUUAAUUUAUUAAACAAAAACAUCACAGGAUAAUUCAUUUUCAUUGCUGAACACACAUGCAUACAUAACCUCAAAAUGAUUUUAAAUGUAACCGUCGAUAACUCGUCCGGAUUACGCCGAUCCGGAUUAGAGAGCAGGCACUGUAAAUGGAACUCUAUUUGCACAAAAAGUCGUUGAUGUUCGAAGAAUUCAAAUUUAAUUUCGAAUUUUCAUACUAUAUUUUCGAACAAGGUGGGGAAAAUUUAUAAUAUAUCACACUAGAAAGCUGGCAAAAGAUUUACUCAGUGAUUAUGGAGUGAUUAAAUAAUGAGACAAGAACAGUAAGAAUCGCUGUUUUUUUCCUCACAAAAACGUGAAGACCGACACAUUUUGACACUUGAACACUUCGAAAUUCGAAGAGGAUGUACAGUAGAGUCCCGCUAUAGGCCAUCGCUCUAUAGUCCACAAUUUAUCGACCGUUGAUUUCAAAUCACUGAGGUUAUGUUUUUUAGUACGCGACAUGCAAUGUUGCCAUAAUUAUUUUAAUAUUUUUGGCAAACUUUAUUGAUUAGUUGUGAUAAUUGUGAUCCAUAAUGAAGAGAGCAAGGACAAGUACCACAAUCGCAAAGAAAGUGGAAGCCGUCGAGCAAUUUCAAUACUAAAAGUCGUUGAUAAUUUUAAAAAAAUUACAUGGACUAUACAAGUGUCAAAUCUGGAACCAAAUAUGGACUAUAGCGAGACUCUACUGUACCUUAGUCACCUUGCGGAAUUAUCAAGAAGUAAGAAAGUCUCUUUUUUGGAUUUUCAAAUAGAUUUUAGAAUUUU